AGACCCCUCGUCAUUACAUGUCUGUAAGUGCCGGCAGGUUUUUCCACGCGCUCUCCACUCCAGUCCGCUGCAUUCCAAGUGCGCGCACGCUGCUGAUGAGAAAAUCCUGGUACCUCUUUUAAACGUGUGGAAAGACUGAGCGUGUAGGUAAAAUCAUGGAAGAAAAGGAGAGCGAAAUCAAUGGACACGCCGGGCACAAAAACCCGUUACCAACAGUCUCAUUAAAAUCAGAAAAGAAUAGCUUUAAAGACCGGUUCAUGGUCUUCUUCAAAAGAAAUCUCCUAGUGAUAUUCACGGUUUCCGGGGUUCUGGUGGGCGUCGGGCUCGGGAUGAUGGUCCGGAACAUGAACCUUACCCGAGCGCAGAUGACUUACUUCGCCUUCCCCGGAGAGAUGCUGCUGAGGAUGCUCAAGAUGAUCAUCCUUCCUUUAGUGGUUUGCAGUUUGAUUUCCGGAGCUGCGAGUCUGGACACGCGCUCGCUGGGGAAGCUCGGAGGGAUCGCCGUGUCUUACUUUCUGGUGACCACUCUGAUCGCUUCAUCCAUCGGGGUAGCUCUCGCCUUCAUCAUCAAACCCGGCGUGGGAGCAGGAGCCCUGAACACCAACAACUUAGGGCUGGAAGGCGUGAGCUCCAACAAAGAGACAGCGGAUUCGUUUUUAGAUCUUGCAAGAAACCUGUUUCCAUCCAACCUGGUGUCUGCAGCUUUCCGCUCAUACGUCACCGAUUACAAGACCAUUCUUGUUGGAAAUGUAACCAACGGAACCCUCAACUACCAGAAGGUUCCCUAUGGAACAGAUGCAGAUGGAAUGAAUAUUCUGGGUCUUGUUCUCUUUGCUAUGGUUUUUGGAGUUGCUUUGAGAAAGCUUGGGCCAGAAGGAGAGGAGCUCAUUCGCUUUUUCAAUGCCUUCAAUGAAGCCACCAUGGUACUGGUGUCUUGGAUCAUGUGGUAUGUGCCUUUUGGCAUCAUGUUCUUGGUUGGCAGUAAGAUUGUGGAGAUGGAAGAUGUGGUUCUGCUCGUCACUAGUUUGGGGAAGUACAUUUUUGCUUCUAUCCUUGGCCACAUCAUCCAUGGUGGCAUCAUCUUACCUCUUAUCUACUUUGGGUUCACUCGUGCGAACCCCUUCAGUUUCCUGUCUGGCCUCAUCACACCGUUUACCACUGCCUUUGCUACCUGCUCCAGCUCAGCAACACUGCCCACCAUGAUGAAGUGUGUGGAGGAGAACAACGGUGUCGACAAACGAAUUAGUCGUUUCAUUUUACCGAUUGGAGCCACUGUCAACAUGGACGGAGCAGCCAUUUUCCAAUGUGUUGCGGCUGUGUUUAUUGCCCAGCUCAACAACGUUGAACUCAAUGCAGGCCAGAUCUUCACAAUCCUGGUGACAGCCACCGCCUCCAGUGUGGGAGCAGCAGGCAUUCCAGCUGGAGGAAUCAUCACCAUCGCUAUCAUUCUGGAGGCCAUUGGUCUGCCCACCCAUGACCUGUCACUCAUGUUGGCGGUGGACUGGAUAGUAGACCGCACCACCACCGUUGUGAACGUGGAGGGAGAUGCACUUGGUGCUGGCAUUCUUCACCACAUCAAUGAGCAAGAGAUGAAGAAACAAAGACAACAGGAGCAGCAUCAAGAGGAGCAGGAACUGGAGGAGGUGAAGGUGGAGGUGGUGGCUAAUGUCAAAGCAGAAGAAGAGACCUCCCCUCUCGUCACACACCAGAUCCAAGGAGACAGUUCCUCACGUGAAACACUUGACGACAAGGACGGUGUGGAGUCUGUACUGUAAAGUGGUGACUGUGGUCUCAUCUCUUUCUUCUUUAAUCUUUCUAACUCUCACUCUUUUAAAAACCACUACAGACAUGAUGUCUCCACCAGUGUGAAGUUUACAUCAAAUAUAAAGUUGAUUCAAGUCUGUGAAUGGAACACUAAUGGUCAGUUUGCUGUUUUACAUUUAGUUUGACAGAAGAACCGGUUCAGUUAUGAUAAUCUUAUCAGAUUAUGUGAAAAGUCUGAAAGGGAACAUCUCCAGUUUGCAAUCAGAUGUCUUGUGAAGAAAUGAGUAGUCUGACCUCUUGCUCUGUUUGUUUUCUAUAUUUUAACUGACUGUGUGAAACAUUAACUAUUUUGAGGAUAAACCGGAAAGUAUUUGCUGUAAAUAUUUGUGUCUCUAAUGGCAAAUCAUGUUGCACUGUGGUAUAGUCAAUUGAUUUUUUUUUUGGGACUAUAUCAAAAUUAGGUCUGCUUGUGAAAUACUCGUGUGAAUUAUGGUUGUACUUUCAAAUCUGGUGAACUUUCUAAUUUUAAGUGACAAUUAAGCUGAAAGAUUGAAACAAAACUCAGGUUCACAGGUGAUAUUCAACCUGAUUAUGAGAGAUACACCGGAGGUCAAAUAUUUCCUGAUUAGACCUCCAUUCACUGUGUACGUUACAAAUACAUGCUGUUGAUCCAAGAACAUGGUAUCUGGUGACACCUAGUGGUAAAGAAGUGUGGAAAAGAAAUGUUGACUUCAGUGGAAAUUUAAACGUCUUUUCUUUUUGUACAUUUUUAUAUCCAACUUUUAAGUUUGGCCAUUAGCUAAGAAGUAAACUAUUUUAAAACGACAAUUUAAGUAUGAAUGAGUUUACUUUGUUCUAUUUUUAGCCUUUUGUACCGCAUUAGAAAUUAUUUACGUAGCCUAAUCUGUUGCUUUGAAAAAAAAUCAGAAGUUAAAGUGUUUAUAUGAACUCUAAAAGAUGUUAAUUAGCAUUUGAUUAGUGUGUUUUAUUUGUGUUUUCGCCUUGUAUUUUUUCUCUCUUUUAACUGUAUGUUAUUUUGUUACCGACGUGUCUGUGUCAUAAAUCAAAAUUAUU